CUGCAAAUCAUUCUACGUAUCUCCAAAUGAUAUGAAUCUUCAAGAUUUUUGAAACAAGGAGGAUGGGUUAAUUCAUCAGUAACUUUAUUAUCAUCAUCUGGUCAUAUGCUGUAUGGUAUUCCGUGGAUAUUUGUUUCGGUGCUUUUUAUUUUCACCGAAGUUAUUGUACAUGUGAUAAACUUGAGAGUUACCCACAAUGCAUCAAUCCCGAUCACAACUGAAGCUAAAAACUUACGUAUUCUCUAUCGUUUCUACCAACCUGAGAAUCUUGAGUAUUUGUACGUUGCAAGUGUGAACUCGAUCAAACAAUAUAAAGUUGACAAUUUGCAAUUUGUAACUGAGCGCAUUACUGGUCCGCGUAAUUUUUCUAUUUGCUGUCCAUAUGAUGGAGAUAACUAUGAAAAGUGUUCUCAUGCGGAUCGAUCUUCCUUACCUUUUGAUUAUGGAUAUGAUUCUUGUCUUCCUCGCCCAACUGAUAAUUAUGUGAAGACAUGGGGUACUUCAGGUUCACCAGGUCCUGAAAUACACAGUUUUAACUACUCUGAAUGGGAUUUUGAAUCUCAGUCUGUAAAUGAUGAUCGAAUAACUUUUGAAGACAGUUUAUAUGUGUGCCAUACGCUUUAUCAUGGUUACUGUGAACGACUUAAUUUAAUCAAUGUUAGCCAAGAAGCCCCGUGGUCUGCUGGUGCCCGACUUCCUUUAAUGGACAGAAAAAAUAAGAAUCCAGAAGAAAUACCAGUUGUUGGAUCACUUCCUCAUACACAUUCUGUGCUUGUAGUUGGUUCAGAAUAUAUUUACGUAGCUACAGAACCUGAUGGACUCGAAGAUCUCUCACUUAUCAAGUAUAAUCCUCUAACCGUACGUUUAAAGGACUUUCAAUUAUGUAGCACUCCACCAAGUUUUGAAAGUAGCGCACAGUUAUCAACAAACCCAAGCUUGAAAAUACAGUAUAAGUCAGGUUUUCGAUAUAGACCUCCACCAACUAACCUGGAAUUUCAAGAGCAACUUUUCAGACCGCCUUAUAUAUUUUUCGUUCUCCAACAACCCGAGGAUUCUACGUUUUUACGGUGGCAGUCACGCAUAGCUCGGAUUUGUGAUGGAGACAAGUUUAUCUCCUCAUAUGCGGAACUUAAUAUUGCCUGCUUUCAAUGUGAAACAGUAAAGGACGAUGAAAAGGUAAGUAUUUGA